AUGGAUCGUUUCUGGAAUGAGUACUGGACCCCAGACAGAUCUCAGGAGGAGGAUCCGUUGUACACUACCGUCCCUCUUCAGACAGUGUUUGGUAGUUUGAGGAUGGGUAUGGCCGGGGCACCAUUGGCCCCAUAUCAGUCGGUUUCGAGUAGGCAAGGGAUAAGUGCAGCGGAAGUGUUAUCAGUGCCACUUAAAACCGUUUCCGGUGAGCAAGGAAUGAGUAUGGCUGGUGCAUCAUCGGAAAGUGAUACAAUGGGAAUUGGAGCCUACAUUGCGAGACAGAACGCGAGUAGGGGAUAUCCAGUUCGAUCCUUGGAAGAACAAGGUUUUGGAGAAGGGAUAGAAUCUUCAAGAAGGAUGGAUGAUUUUGGAACCAAUCCAGUGACUCAUGGAAAUGAUGCGGGAUGGUAUGGGAGAGGAAUGACUCAAGAAAAAACUAGUCGUUGGCCUUAUGGAUCAGCAGGAGAUGAGUAUGGGUUUUCAGCACCAAGGGGAAGAGGAAACAUCGAUAUGGAGCUGGACCAUCAUCGUACGUUAGGACCUACUGUCGCUUUUACAGGCAGUAUGGACACCGGACGUAUGCUUGUCCUUAUGCGCCUCGAUAUCAGUCGAGAUACAGUACCAUUAACCCGAGUUUGGUGA